AUGGUGUUGCUCACUCCCGAGACAACAUGUUUGGUUGUAUUGUUUGCUAUCAACUUGUUGAACUACAUGGACCGUCUGACGGUUGCUGGGGUUCUCUCAAUUUCUGACCCGCAGAAGGCCGGUUUUCUGAAGGACAUUACCUUUCAACAG